AUGAUAUGGUUGAUAAAGUUGAUGAUAAAGACGAAGAUGAUAUUGAUGAUGAUGAAGAUGAAGAUAAAGAUGUAGAUGAAGAUGAUGAUAUGAAUGGGGAUGCUAGAGGUGGAGACAUGCCAUCAUGGUGGGAAACAAAAUCAAAUGGUUCUAUUGAGUAUGACAUUCAAGAUCCAGUCAAUAAUGACAACACAAACAACGAAAAUAUUGAAGAAGAUAAUGAUGAUAAUUCCAUUGAUAAUAUGCAAACAAUAACUGAAUCGCUUUUAAAUAAAAAUAUAAAAUCAAUUGAAGAAAGAAAAAAAAUAAAAGAAAAUGAAAAUUUAAAUACAAUAGUAAAUAAUAAUAAUAAUGCAACCAAUGAGCAUGAAGAACAUAAUAAUCAUUGGAGAUUAUCACCAAAUGAAAAUUCAACAGUCGUUAAUAGACCAGCCAGCCCUCAACCAGGCUGUUCUAAACAUUUCGAUACUAUUGAAAAGUCUUUUAAUGAAAAUAAUAAUAAUAAUAGUAAUACAUCAACAAUAAUAACAGCAACAACAACAACAACAACAACAACAACAACAACAACAGUUAAUAAUAAAGUAACACGUGAUGAUGAAGGGUAUUCAUCCAGUAUAAUACGUGAUUCAAAUGAUGUGUUAGAUAUUAUUAAAAAAUUAACAUUUAAUUCAGUUUGUAGUGGUCUUUCAUAUUGGCGUAGAGAAGAUAGAAAACGUUUUAUCAAUGAUUUAAAUAAUUUAUUACCAUUUUAUUUAAAAAAAGGAACUAAAAGACAAUAUGAGAGUGAUGAUUGUGAGAUAGUGUCAAGUAAAAAAGUUGAUGAUAAAACAUAUCCAGUACAAACAAAAAAAAAUACAAUGAAUUUUCCAGGAAGAGGGUAUUCUCCACUCCCUAGUGAAGUUGAAGUCAUUGAAUAUCAUGAUAAAAAAGUAACACAAAGACGUGAUACUAUUGACAUUACAUCAAGUGAUGAUGAAUCAUCAACCAGAAAAAUAAAUAAUAAGAAAACCACGCAUAAACAACAAGCACCAGAGGAGUUAGAAAAUAAACCUGCAAAUCAGGAUACAUCAAAGAUAAUGCUACCACCAAUAAUUGAGCAUCCAUCAAACGAUAAAAAUAAAGGCCACAAACGUGAUCAUUCACAUGUAUCAAAAUUACCAACAAAUAUACCUCAAGUUGUUCAACAACAACCAUUUAUACCAAAAGAAUUGCCUGUAUUAUCAGGUGUUCAAACAAAUAAAAUUUUAGCAACAAUUGAAAAUCGUCCAUCAACAAGUUCAGCAUCAGGAAUCACUCAUCCAGUGAUAAAUAAUAUUAAUACUGUUAAAACAAAAGUACCAGAAUUAUUAACAAAUGAAAUGAAUGGAUCUGUUAAUGAAACAUUGCAAUUGCAAUGGGGCGUCAAUGAUUUAGCAGCAAUAAAUAAUAAAGAAACAUCAAAUUUAUUACCACCAACAACAUCAAUAACUGCUCCAGUAUUAAAAUCACAUAAAACAUCAACAACAACAUCCAAAACAACGACAACCACAGCAACAAAAAAUAAUUAUAAUCCAUAUAUUUAUACUGGAACCAUACCAAAGCAACCUGUUGUUCCAUCAACGAGUGGAGUACGUAUUAAUAAUAAUAAUAAUGAACCAAGUGCUUCUGAUUAUCUUGAACGUCAACGUCAACAAUUAGAACAAAUAAAACAACAACAAAUAAAGCAACAAAAAAUACAACAACAAGUACAAAAACAACUUGAACAUAGACUACAAAGCAAACAAAAAUUACAGCAACAAGAACCACAACAACCACCAAGAACACGUGAUUUACUCCAACAAAAUUUAAUACAACAUCAAAAGAAUUUAUUAUUAAAUAACGUUAUCGAUGAUUAUAUCGAUAAAAAUGAUAGUAAAGUAAAAAAAUCAGAAGUCACUCGUAUCAAGGAGGAACAUCAACAAUUACCAAAUAAUGACGUUAAAAAACCAUGUCAAGAAAUAUACAUUAAAUUACGUGCAAUGUUUCCAAAUAUUAAAUCAACAUAUAUCAAACGUUUUUGUCCUGAAAAUUGGAAUAAAACUCAAUCUCAUGAAACACAGCUUUCACAAAUAAUUGAAAACUUGUUGUUAAGAGAAGGUGAAUGGGAAUAUGAUGUAUCACAUUUAGAUGAUCAUGAUGCUGAAGUUGAUGAUGUUCUGUCAGUUGAUGACUGCUAUCAGCAAUUAAUUGAGUUAUUUCCAAACGCUGAACCUGGUCAUAUGCGUAAUGUGGCUGAAAGAUACCACGAAUAUGAUAAUGAUUUAAAAUCAUAUAUUGAAACAAAUUUAUUACAACCAAGUUAUCCAACAAGAGAACAAUAUUUAGCAAAAUUAAAAACAACAGAAGAACAAAAACGUUUUACAGAUAAUUUUGAUGUUAAUUAUUUUCUUGAAUUAUUUCCAAAUCCAAAAGAAUAUUUUGAAAAUCCAAAUAGAAAAUGUGAAUUUAUUGCUGCUGCAUCUGAAUUUUUAAAAAAUCAUUUUAAAAAAAAUAAAGUUAAAACAGUUACAUCAACAUAUCAAACUUGUAAUUAUAAUUUAAGUAUAGCAGCACGUCGUUUAUUAAAUAUUGGCUGUGAUAUGAAAACAACAAGAAAUGGACAACAUUUUCCAACAGAAAAUAUACAAUUAUUACAAGAAAUGGCAUACAUUAAAAAUUUACAUAUAAUUGAGAAACAUAUUAAGGAUAAAAUUGAUAAUGAAUACAAAGAAUUCAAUACGUUGAAAGCUAAAAAUCAAUUAUUAGAAUGUCAAUGUUGUUAUGAUAAUGAAUGUGUACCAUCAAAAGUAUCAACAUGUGAACAAGGACAUACAUUUUGUAAUGAUUGUAUAUUAAAAGGUACUGAUUCAAAAAUGGGUGAUUCAGAUACACAUAUUAAAUGUUUUACAAAUUGUGAUGCUGAAUUUAGUUUAUCAACAUUACAAAAAAUAUUAAAUCCAUCAAAAUUUCGUAUUCUUCUUGAGAAACGUCAAGCUGCUGAAGUAUUAGCUGCUGGUUUAACUGGUUUAGUAUCAUGUCCAUUUUGUCAUUUUGCAACAAUACCACCAGAAGGUGAUAAAGUAUUUAAAUGUUUAAAUACAGAUUGUAUGAAACAAUCAUGUAUUAAAUGUAAAGAACCAAAUCAUGUACCAUAUCGUUGUGAUGAAGUUGGUAAAGCUGAUAAAACAAGAAAAUAUAUUGAAGAAAAAAUGACUGAAGCAUUAUCACGAGUUUGUUAUAAUUGUAAAAAAACAUUUAUCAAAGAAGAAGGAUGUAAUAAAAUAACAUGUACAUGUGGAGCAUAUAUGUGUUAUCUUUGUGAUAAAAAAAUUACAAAUUAUGAUCAUUUUCGUGGACAAGGAUCAAAUGAUCUUACACGUUGUCCACUUUACAGUGAUAAUGACAUGCUCAAUUAUCAAACAGUUAAAAAAGUUGCUGAAGAAUUAAAAAAAAAAUUAACUGCUGAAGAUCCAACAUUAAAUAUUGAUAUUGAUUCAAUGCUUCCACCCAAGCCAAAACCAAAAUCUGGACCUCAUGAAACAAUUGCUGGUGAUCCAAAUUUAGCUGCUAUUCAUGCUGCACGUGUUCUUGGGACAAUUAAAUAAAUUAUAAAAUUAAAAAAAAGAGUAAAGAUUGAUAAUUUUAUAGCCAUAACUAAAAUUGAUAUUUGUAGUCCAAUUAAUUUUUUUUUUUUUUUAAUUUUUGUGCUCGUUUGAACAACCUGCAUUUUUCUUAAACAUUUUUUGUUUCUUUUUAUUAUUUGCUUGGUAUAAUUUUUUUUUUUUUUUUUAUUAAUUAAUUAAUACUAUUAUUAUUUUUUUUUUUUUCGCGUUUAACAGUAUUGCUGUAAAUUUAAUUAUUUAAAGGAAAACAUAAACGCCUUUUCCACCUUUUCUUCAUUUUAUUUUUUUUCUUAUAAUUUUUGAAUGAAAAUUUUUUGCAAUAAUUUGCAUAGUUUUAAUCAAGAUUUAGUUGGCGCAAAAAUGAAAGAAAAGGUACCUGAUAAUUAAUAAUAAUAAUAGAAUAAUUACAUUAUAUAGAUAAAUAAUUAAUUAAUAAUAAAAAUUGUCAUGUUUUUUUAUACGAGGAUAAUAAAUAUAUUGAUAUUAUAAAAAAAAAAAAAUCAUUUAAUUAUUUUUUUCUCUUUAUAAAAGUCGAAUGUAAAAAAAAAAAAUACUUGAAGCUUCGAAAUACUUUGUCGUAGAUAAAAAUAAAAAAAAAACCUAAUUCCUAGCGACAAAAAAAAAUAAUAAUAAUUAACUUAAACUUUCCUGUUUUAAUAUUUUAUUUUUAUUUUUUUAUUUUUAUCAGAUAACGUCAUUUUUGUUCUGUCAAUUCAUCAACGUGUAAUUUUUUACUUGCUAUUUUAUUUUCUUUACAAUUCAACUUGAAAGUAUUACAAAAAAUCAAUAAAUAUUUCUAAAAUAAUUGUAUUAUUUACAGUAUUAUUAUCAAUUAAAAUUGUAAUAAAAAACAAAAACAGAGAAGCAAUGU